UUUUUUUUGUAUUUUUUGUUCAAUCAACUUGUUGUUGAAGCCAUAGCGGAAGUAGGUAACGAUUAGACAAUAAUCGAAACAAACGAGAAAAACAAAAGUUUUAACGACAAUUCACUAUUUAUAAUGGCCGGAUACUCUGAAGACCAGUUGGCUGAGUUCCAGGAGGCGUUCCAGUUGUUCGACUCGCGCGGCGAUGGCAAGAUCCACGUGGCGCAGAUCGGGGACGCGCUACGCGCGCUCGGCCAGAACCCCACCGAGUCCGACGUCAAGAAGUGCACCCUCCACCUGAAGCCUGAUGAGCGCAUCUCCUUUGAGGUUUUCCUGCCCAUCUACCAGGCGAUCAGCAAGGCGCGCAGCGGCGACACCGCGCACGACUUCAUCGAGGGGCUCCGGCACUUCGACAAGGACGGCAACGGCUUCAUCUCCUCCGCCGAGCUGCGCCACCUGCUGUCCACCCUCGGGGAGAAGCUGGCUGAUGACGAGGUGGAGCAGCUGCUGCAGGGGCAGGAGGACUCGCAGGGCAACGUCAACUACGAGAACUUCGUGCACCUCGUCAUGCAGGGCUGA